AUUUCAUAAUACUGGCAAGUGAUGUUAGUGCCCAUUAGCGUACAGUAUCUGAAGUAUCCUCAAUUCUCAAUCCUUCCCUCUCUCUUCAAGAGGCGAAACGGCUAAACCCAAAACCCCAACGCGACCGCAAACUGUCGGAAGAUGUUGCAGAGCACCUUCAACUUUUACCCUUCUUCUCUGUUACAUAAAACUGCUCUUGCUCCUAAUAUUACACUCUCACUCCCUAACUCUUCACUUUUCUUCAAAUCACCGUCGUCCUUUCACCAUUCGCAGUGGCAACUACAACAACCCAGAAAAGAUAAGCAAUUUGUGGUUUGUUGCGCCAGUUAUGAGGUGGGUGGUGGUUACUUGGAUGAGGAAUUGGGUGCACAAGACACAAGAGGAAGAACAGAAGAAGAAUGGAACGAGAAAAUGGAUUCUUCCCAAUAUGAAGCUUUACUUAAAGGUGGAGAACAGGUCACUUCUGUCCUCCAAGAAAUGAUCGCCCUUUUGGAGGACAUGGACAUGGAUGAAGCAUCAGAGAAAGUGGCAGUUGAAUUAGCUGCACAAGGUGUCAUUGGGAAAAGAGUUGAUGAGAUGGAAUCAAGUUUUAUGAUGGCCCUUGAUUACAUGAUUCAAAUUGCUGAAAAGGAUCAAGAUGACAAGCGUAAAUCACUGUUGGAAGUUAUCAAGGAAACUGUAUUGUCCCAUCUUACAAGAAAGUGCCCGCCACAAGUUCAAGUGAUUGGCUUGCUAUGCAGAACUCCCCAGAAAGAAAGCCGGCAUGAAUUACUGCGUAGAGUGGCGGCUGGUGGUGGUGCCUUUGAGAGUAAGAAUGGAACCAAAGUUCAUAUUCCAGGGGCAAAUCUAAAUGAUAUAGCAAACCAGGCAGAUGAUAUAUUGGAGACAAUGGAAACUCGACCAGUCAUUCCCGAUCGAAAGCUACUUGCAAGGCUUGUUUUAAUCAGAGAGGAAGCGAGGAAUAUGAUGGGGGGUGGAAUACUUGAUGAAAGAAAUGACCGUGGUUUAAGUACACUUCCUGAAUCUGAGGUGAACUUCUUAACCAAACUAGUUGCUCUGAAACCAGGGAAGACUGUCGAGGAAAUGAUAAAAAACGUAAUGCUAGGGAAAGAUGAAGGUGCCGAUAACACUGCUAAUGAGGAGAAAGACACUAGCAGUGGAAGUACUUCAAGUGGAAUUGCAGGAAGGCCAAGUGUAACAGGACGAAGACCACUUCCCGUUCGUCCUGGCAUGUUUCUUGAGACUGUCACCAAGGUGUUGGGUGGUAUAUACUCUGGAAAUGUCUCUGGCAUUACAGCACAACAUCUAGAAUGGGUUCAUCAGAAGACACUUCAAGUUCUUCAGGAAAUAGCAUUUUAGUCUUAUGGAAGUAACAGAUGCCUCAUUGCACUGCACAAUACAAAACCAAUUUGCCAAUAAUAUGGUCGUAGAAGAAGGUUACGAAUCAUGAAGAAGCUAGUAAUUGCUUGAUUUAUAUACUCUGAUAGAAACGAAAAUCCAGUAACACUGUUUCACAAAGGAAUCAAGCGCUGCAGCCAGAAUUGACGAAGAAACUUGAUAGCCACUCAUGUCGAGAAAAGUUUCUGGUGGAAAUGGGAGACUUCUUUUGCAAUGCGGAGACGACAAAUUAGAUGGUCUCAAAAGGAUAGCAGAAAAGAAAGCAGCAUCAGUAACAAGAUCAUAGAUUUACUGCAAAGUAAAGAACAAACAAACUCUUAUAUCUAUGAGUUAUUCACAUUUGCUUUGCCUAGGGAAUUGAUUUCCUUAAUUAAGUACACUAUAAUCAAUUAGUAUACUUGUUAAUGAGAUCUUCAAUGAUAAAUAUAUCAAGCCUAUAUGUAGCUGAAAUCA